UGCGGUCUCCCCUCCUGAUCCGUCUCGCGCUGUGCGGCUUCGCUGGCUGGUUACUAAGGCAACGGGCGAGUGACGCGUCGAGUCGGGCGCCCGCCAUUGGUUGUGCGAUCGGGCGAUGGCGGCGGUCCGGGUGUCGCGCGCUGGGGUUGUCCUUGUCGCUGCGUGCGCGGCUUUCUCAGUCUGCUGCGGCGCUGCGCGCGAGAGGAAAGAGGAGGGCAGCAGCUGCAAGCGCGAGCUCCUUCAGGCACGUCCAGCGGUGUAGAAAAACAAACUUGAAAAUGCUGUCAAGACUCUUUCGAAUGCAUGGCCUUUUUGUAGCCUCUCAUCCAUGGGAAGUCAUUGUGGGGACUGUGACUCUCACCAUCUGUAUGAUGUCCAUGAAGAUGUUCACUGGCAAUGAUAAGAUCUGUGGCUGGAAUUAUGAAUGCCCAAAACUUGAAGAAGACGUUCUGAGCAGUGACAUCAUAAUCCUGACAAUCACGCGCUGUAUAGCAAUCCUUUAUAUAUACUUCCAGUUUCAGAAUCUAAGGCAGCUUGGAUCAAAAUAUAUUUUGGGUAUUGCUGGCCUCUUCACAAUCUUCUCAAGUUUUGUUUUCAGUACAGUGGUGAUUCACUUCCUAGAUAAAGAAUUGACAGGCUUGAAUGAAGCGUUACCAUUUUUCCUGCUUCUGAUUGACCUUUCCAGAGCCAGUGCAUUAGCCAAAUUUGCACUCAGUUCCAACUCACAGGAUGAAGUAAGAGAAAAUAUUUCACGGGGAAUGGCAAUUCUAGGUCCUACAUUUACGCUUGAUGCCCUUGUUGAGUGUCUUGUGAUUGGUGUUGGUACUAUGUCAGGAGUGCGACAGCUUGAAAUCAUGUGCUGCUUUGGCUGCAUGUCUGUUCUUGCCAACUACUUUGUCUUCCUGACUUUCUUUCCAGCAUGUGUCUCCUUGGUAUUAGAGCUUUCUCGUGAAAGUCGUGAGGGGCGUCCCAUAUGGCAACUUAGUCAUUUUGCCCGUGUUUUAGAAGAAGAAGAAAACAAACCAAACCCUGUAACUCAGAGGGUUAAAAUGAUUAUGUCUCUAGGUCUGGUUCUUGUUCAUGCUCACAGUCGCUGGAUAGCAGAACCAUCUGCUCAAAACAGUACAGCAGAAAAUUCAGUGGGAAUGGAUGAAAAUGCACCAAAGAGAAUUGAACCUAAUGUUUCUCUAUGGCAAUUUUAUCUUUCUAGAAUGGCCAGUUUGGACAUUGAGCAAGUAAUCACUCUUGGUUUAGCUCUUCUUCUUGCUGUGAAAUACAUCUUCUUUGAACAGACAGAGACGGAGUCCACGCUCUCACUGAAGAACCCCAUAACCUCUCCCUUGAUAGUUCAGAAAAAGAUUCCUGAUAACUGCUGCAGAAAACAAUCUGUACUUGUAAAAAAUCAUCAGAAAUCCAGCACAGUAGAAGAGGCUGUAAUUUCCAGAGAGAGAAAAGUUGAAGUAAUAAAACCUGCAUUAGCAGAGCCAUCAGCCAAGGCUACAUUUGUGGUUGGUAGUUGCAUCCCUAUGGAAACUUCUUCUCUCCUUAAUAGAAAGGAGCCUGAAAUUGAAUUGCCCAAAGAGCCACGCUCCACUGAAGAAUGUUUAUGUAUACUUGGAAAUGCAGAGAGAGGUGCAAAAUUCCUCACUGAUGCAGAAGUUAUCAACCUAGUCAGUGCUAAGCAUAUUCCUGCUUACAAAUUGGAAACUUUGAUGGAAUCUCAGGAACGUGGUGUAUCUAUUCGCAGACAGAUGUUAUCUCAGAAGCUCCCUGAACCUUCAGCCCUACAAUAUCUUCCUUACAGGCAUUACAAUUAUUCUUUGGUAAUGGGAGCUUGCUGUGAAAAUGUGAUUGGAUACAUGCCCAUCCCUGUAGGUGUAGCUGGGCCACUUUUCCUGGAUAGCAAAGAGUUUCAAGUUCCAAUGGCAACAACAGAAGGCUGUCUGGUAGCAAGCACAAACAGAGGGUGCAGAGCAAUACGUCUUGGUGGAGGAGCCAAUAGCCGUAUUCUAGCAGAUGGGAUGACUCGAGGACCAGUUGUAAGAUUACCCUCUGCCUGCCAGGCUGCAGAAGUGAAGGCUUGGCUUGAAAACUCUGAAGGGUUUAAAAUAGUCAAAGAUGCAUUUGACAGCACAAGUAGGUUUGCUCGUCUGCAAAAGCUUCACAUCAGUCUGGCUGGUCGUAACCUUUAUAUCCGUUUUCAGUCUGAAACAGGGGAUGCAAUGGGAAUGAACAUGAUCUCAAAAGGUACCGAAAAGGCACUUGCGAGACUGCAAGAAGAGUUUCCUGAUCUCCAGGUUCUAGCUAUUAGUGGUAACUAUUGUACAGACAAAAAGCCUGCUGCCAUAAAUUGGAUAGAAGGCAGAGGGAAGUCUGUUGUCUGCGAAGCAGUCAUUCCAGCCAAGGUGGUCAGAGAAGUAUUGAAGACUACUACAGAAGCUAUGGUUGAGGUGAAUAUAAACAAAAAUUUGGUGGGCUCUGCGAUGGCUGGUAGCAUAGGUGGCUAUAACGCCCACGCAGCAAACAUUGUCACAGCUAUCUACAUUGCUUGUGGACAGGAUGCAGCACAGAAUGUGGGCAGCUCUAACUGCAUCACUCUGAUGGAGUCAACAGGUCCCACAAAUAAAGAUCUGUAUAUCAGCUGCACAAUGCCCUCUAUAGAAAUUGGAACAGUUGGUGGAGGGACCAACUUGCUACCACAGCAAGCCUGUUUGCAGAUGUUAGGGGUCCAGGGUGCAAGUCAAGACAAUCCUGGUGAAAAUGCACGUCAGCUUGCUAAAAUUGUAUGUGCUACAGUAAUGGCAGGGGAAUUAUCAUUAAUGGCAGCACUGGCAGCUGGACAUCUAGUCAAAAGCCACAUGAUUCACAAUAGGUCAAAAAUAAAUCUACAAGAUCUUCAAGGAACCUGCAUCAAGAAAGCAGCUUGAACAUCAGAGGUGCGUUGAAGUGAACCAUUGCCAUAGCAACUGACCAGGAGUAAAGAAUAAUAUAUAUUUAUGAAUUUUAGAAGGCAGUCUUCAGUACAAGGAUUUUUGUGGAAAAUAAUUGAGAAGAUCAGCAGACUUGUGAUCAGUGAAACUCCUCCUUAUGACUGACUUUCUUCAGCAGCUAAAAAUUACUUCCUUUAUGGAGAUCCCAGAUGUCUUGAACAUGGCUUUAGCGAGUUUUUGAUAUUUCUCUUACUCUGCGCAUGCUCUUCUGAAGGGUCAGCUUUAUGUCAUUAAGGAUUGAGGGUAUUUUGACUAGUGAACUCCCAGUUAUGAUUGAGAUGGAAAACAAGUUCUGUAGUGUAAUUUGUUGUAUGUUUAAAAAAAUGAUUUGGCUAAAAUUGGUUUGUAUGUAAUGUUCCUUGUGAUUUUUGUUUUCUGGUUAAAAAAGUAGGUUUUAAAUAUAAAGUAAUAGCAGCCUAAUUGCUUCCAUGAACUCCUGAUUUUAAUUUUGUUUGUUCAAGUUUUAAGCUUAGGUCUUGGGUUAUGAGAUAAUUUUAUUGAGUCUCACAUUAAUCUGUAGAAACGAUCUAUUUAUAGUACUUCACUUGCUGCUGUUCCACUUAACUAUUAGCUCCCUGAGUUGAAUCAUUUUUUCCUUUAAGGAAAAUCUGUUGCUACAACGUGCAGAAAUGUUUGACAUUCUUUAAUAGGGGUAUGAAACCACUGCGUUCAACUGUCUGGGCAUUUUGUUCAGAGAGAAGUACUGUAUCAUGACUUUCUAAAACUUUCAUGAUACAGACAUAGAAACGAUUACACAUCAGGCAGGUUAGAGCUUUGAUCACAUUAAUACAGUUUUUUACAUAACUCUUUCUGUAAGUAGCAAGGGAUUCAAGUGAAUGAAUCAACAGAUGUUUACACUUUUAAAAUCUCAUCUUUUUAAAGUACAGUGCGUUUGCACAUUAAUAAUUUUUGGUGUUUGACACUUCUUUCCCAGGGAUAGGUGUUUGACCUCUGCUUAACUUGGAGAUGUAAUAAAGCCAGAAAAAUCAAGUGUCUUUAAUGUUCCAGUUGGUUUUUAUGUUUGAUUCUUUUUAUGUUUUCUUUUGUGGAAAAAAAAACAAAA